AUGCAAAUACAAUGGAAUACAAAAAUUGAAAGUAAAUUCUCUCCAUCACAUAUUCAUAAUUAUCCUAGAACCAGUCAAUUAGAAUUAUUUGCCCGUAAUGAACGAUACAAAUUAUUGGCAACCGGAUGUCAUGAGAAAAAUAUAUCUUUAUUAUUCUUGGGUCACCAUUUAAAUGAUCAAUUAGAAACUUUAGUUAUGAGAUUAGCGAGAGGUAGUGGUAUUGUUGGAUUGGCUUCCAUGGAAACAAAUAAUAAAUUUCCUGUACAAAGAAAUAUCGAAGCGUUAAAUAUAAAUGUUGUUAGACCAAUGCUCAGGGAAAGAAUGAUUGAAACUUGUAAAGCUGCAAAUAUUCAAUGGUUUGAAGAUCCCACAAAUGAAUCGGAUCAACAUAAGAGAAAUGUUGUCAGAAUGGUAUUAAAUACAAUUAAUCAACGAUAUUUGGAUGGUCAUAAAGAAUAUGAACCUAUUUCAACUCAAGGAUUACUUAGAUUUAUGGAUCAUAUGGAAUACCAUAAAAAAUUCGUGAAUUUACAAGUUAAUGAAAUAUUAUCAGAAUGUGUUAAAUUUAAUUAUCAAAUUGGAUUUUGUAAAUUAUGGUUACCUAAAAAAUUAUCUAAAAAUCAUUGGUUUCGUCAAAAACAUCUUGGUAUUAGAAUAAUUUCAACAUUAAUUCGUUGGGUUACUUGUUCAGAAGCAGCUCCAUUAUUAGAAGGAUGUAUUCGUUUUUAUAAUCAUUUAACAUUAUCUUAUGAACAAUCCGUAAAUGAAAAUUUUUCUGCUCAAGGCGUUCUUUUAUGUACUGGAAAAGAACAAGAUUAUAAAAAUUCAAAUAUGAACUCUUGGGUCUUUUAUAGACAACCAAUGAAUAAAGCUGAAGAAAAAUUAACCAUCAAUAUUAUAAAAGAUAAAGAAAUUAUUUUAUGGGAUAAAAGGAGAUUUAAAAAGGAUGAUUUUCCAAUUGUUUCUCGACAACUUCUUAAGAUUAAGGCAAAGUCAAAUAAAUGGAAGAUAUUUCAAGAUUAUAGAUCUAAUGUACAUGUAGUAGCAAGACACGAUAUACCUGUUUUAAUUCGUAGAGAUAAGAAUGCUGAACCUCCUUUACAAGAUAAAUUAAUAGCGAUGCCAUCUUUAAAUAUUUCCUUUUCUCCGGAAUAUGCAGAUUGUUGGGCUGAAUUCCGUGGACAAAUUUACUAA